AUGGGUUUGAGUUCAAUGAUUGUUGUUGUUUUUGUGAUUGUUUGUAUGAGCAAAGAAGGUUUAGGUGUGAGAGAACAAGAAGAGGAUAGAGUUUAUGAACUACCUGGUCAACCUUUGGUGAAUUUCAAACAAUAUUCAGGUUAUAUAACUGUGAAUGAAAGUCAUGGAAGAGCACUGUUUUAUUGGUUCUUUGAAGCUGUUGAUCAACCUCAACAAAAACCUCUUCUUCUUUGGCUUAAUGGAGGCCCUGGUUGUUCAUCAAUUGGUUAUGGAGAAGCAGAGGAGCUUGGACCCUUUUCACCCCAAAAUAGCACCCAACCUAAGCUCAAGUUGAACCCUUAUUCUUGGAAUAAAGCUGCAAAUCUUUUAUUUCUUGAAUCCCCUGUUGGAGUUGGAUUUUCCUACACCAACACCACCACUGAUAUUAGUCAACUUGGUGACACCAUUACUGCUCAAGAUUCACACACUUUCCUCAUCAAUUGGUUUAAAAGAUUUCCUCAAUUCAAAUCACAUGAUUUCUACAUUGCUGGUGAAAGCUAUGCAGGACAUUAUGUUCCACAACUUGCUGAACUCAUUUUGGAUAAUAAUAAUCAAAACUCUUCCAAUGAAGAUUACAUUAAUUUCAAAGGGAUCAUGAUUGGAAAUGCAUUAUUGGAUGAUGAAACAGAUCAAAAGGGUAUGAUAGAAUAUGCAUGGGAUCAUGCUGUGAUAUCAGAUGGUUUAUACCAAAACAUCACAACCAUAUGCAAUUUCAGCUAUCCGAUUCAAAAUCAAACCGACGCAUGCAAUACCGAACUUAACAAAUAUUUUGAUGUGUAUAAGAUUAUUGAUAUGUAUAGUUUGUAUGCACCAAGAUGUUUCAGCAAUACCAGUAACACAAGAAGAUCCUCUGACGGCUGGAAUAAAAUGCGAGCCGGAUAUGAUCCAUGUGCAUCAGAUUAUACUGAAAUUUAUCUAAAUAGGCCAGAAGUUCAAAAGGCACUGCAUGCAAAUGUCACCAAAAUUUCAUAUCCAUGGACUCAUUGCAGUAACAAUAUAUCAUUUUGGAAUGAUUCGCCGGUGUCCAUGCUACCUGUCCUCAAGAAACUUAUUGCUGGCGGUCUACGCGUAUGGAUUUACAGCGGAGACACUGAUGGAAGAAUUCCUGUAACUGCCACAAGAUACACAUUAAGAAAAUUGGGACUACCUAUUGUUCAAGAUUGGACUCCUUGGUAUACUAGUAGACAGGUGGGAGGAUGGAGCAUUGUAUAUGAUGGGAUAACAUUUGUGACUAUAAGAGGAGCUGGUCAUGAGGUUCCUACUUUUGCUCCCAAGCAAGCUCUUCAGCUAGUUCGACACUUCUUAGUCAAUAAGAAUUUACCACAGCAUCCUAUUUAA